AUGUCGUCAACCCAUACACCUCAACAACCGUCCAACCAAAGCGAACCGGCUGCCUCAACCUGCAGCUCACAGCCGGAUGCCAGCACUACAGUCUCAGAGCGAAAUCCGCUGAACAAAGGCGAUAGCGAGGGGGCCGACGAGAGCACAGUUGAGCACAAGCAUUUAACAGGGUGGUCCACUCAGCCCAGUACCUCUACCAAGGCGUCCGACGAAGAAGAAACUGAGGAGAUGGCCCUGCAAACCGCCCAGUCCCGGUUUGCAAUCGCCCUAAGCAAUGGAACCCCAUUUGAGUUGACCUCUCGCCAGUUCCAGGCUGUGGCCAAGGCGCUGGAGAAGUCCUGCACGAUGAAUUCACCAGAAGGGACAUCCUGGACAUCCUCCGAACGGCGGGUUCGAUUCUUAGCCCUAAUAGGCGACUACGCUGGUCGAUUAUUCAAGGAGAUUCGCCACGCAGCCAGGAAGCAGGAGGGAUGUCGACCCUUCCCUCGGACCGCUAAAGACCUGCGACAGAAGAUGGAGGAGGAUCUGAAGGCGGCCGAACAUCCUAUGCCAGAAGGUUCCCUCAAGGAGAAAUCCAUGUCGACGACUGAGAAAGUUCGCAAAUGCAUAGAUUACCUGAACGCGAAUUCCACUGAGGUAAGGGCACUGGAUUUGGACAACAGUACAGUUUUGUUAGCCGCCCAGCUAUAUGAAGAACGAAAUCAAGAAUUCCAUUGCCAGGUCAGAAACGGUAAAUCCGAAGCUCAGCGUAUCAGCGAGGAUCACCAACGCAAGGUCGAUAACAACCGGGGGUGGUAUUUCGACACGGAAAAAGCAGGGGACAAGUUAUUUAUCGAGAGGAUCCAACGGAUCAUGGCCUUUUACCCGGCAAGCACGGAGAAACCCUAG